AUGAAUAACCCUAUAAAAAUAUUAAGACUUUGCUGGUCUUUAUUGCUACUAUCUAUACUUUCACCUGUUGGUAGUUCCAUUAAACUUAACGUCACUUCCAAUACUUCAAUAUGUGACGCCACAAGUAUAAUUACAAAAGGUAUUUUAGAUUACUACGAGGGUACCAGGUUCAAUGGUACUGUUGGUAUGUUCCAACAACCAUAUUACUGGUGGAAGGCAGGUUCAGCCUUUGGUGGUAUGCUAGAAAAUUGGUACUUAUGUCAAAAUGAUACAUUUGAAUCCUUGCUUACUGAUGCAAUGCUACAUCAAGCCGGUAAAGAUUACGAUUACCUACCUGAGAACCAAACAAUGGUCGAAGCUAAUGAUGAUCAAGGUGUUUGGGGUUUAACAAUAAUGGGCGCUGUAGAGAGAAAUUUUACUGAUCCCCAGGGAAAGGAUGUGCCAGGUUGGUUAGCAAUGGCGCAGUCUAUCUUUAAUCAAAUGUAUAGCAGAUGGGACACCGGCAGUUGUGGUGGUGGUCUUAGAUGGCAAAUUUAUGACUGGAAUAAGGGCUAUAAUUAUAAGAAUACCAUAUCUACUGCCUGUUUAUUCCAAAUGGCUGCCAGAUUGGGAAGAUAUACUGGUAAUUCCACCUAUCUUAAGGUUGCUGAUAAAACCUUUCAAUGGAUGGUUGAUAUUGGGUAUAUUCAAUUAAAUACUUCAUCCGGUCGUGUCUUUGAUGGUGCUCAUAUUGAAAGCAAUUGUAGUGAUAUUACCAAAUUGGAAUGGUCAUAUAAUCAUGGUAUUGUAUUAGGUGGAUGUGCUUAUAUGUACAAUGCUACCAAGUCACCAGAAUGGGGUAUGAACACUAUUAAAAUUUUGAAUGGUGCUACCACUUAUUUCUUUCAAAAUAAAACAAUGCUAGAAACAGCUUGUCAACGUCCAGAUCGGGUCUUCUGUAAUAAUGAUCAAAGAACCUUUAAAAGUAUCUUUUCACGUAUGUUGGGCUUGACAAGUGUGAUGGCUCCAUUCACAUCUGAGAGAAUUGAUCCAUUAAUUGUUCAAAGUGCCGAAGCCGCUGCUCUAUCAUGUACUGGUGGUUUCGAUAAUGAAACUUGCGGUUUGAAUUGGUUAGAGGGUAAAAAUGAUGGCUAUUAUGGGUUAGGUGAACAACUAAGUGCAUUGGAAGUUAUUCAAAAUCUUCUUAUCCAUAAGAGACCACCUCCUUAUAUGGCAAAAACAGAUAAAAAUAAAGUCGGUGGUGUUUCAAAGGGUGAUCCAGCCGCAGGUACAAAACCAAAACCACCUCCAAAGAAGGAAGAGUAG